AGAGGAAAUAAACGUCUUAUGUGGUCGAAAAGUGAUGCAAGCAAGUGAAAAUGAUAAAAUCAUAUCAGACGGUCCUUCUAUAAGCCGCAUUAACAAGGCUGGCUGCGUCAGGGCCUUGGGGACGUGGAUUCAGACCAAUGCUAUGGUGUUAGGGGGCAUCCUGCUGGGAAUACUUCUGCCACAGAUGUUUGUUAUGUGUCUUUCCCGUACAUUGAGGGAUCAAAUUAAAAGCCAGAAAGCAAAGUGGGGACGUCAACGUCGUUACCAAGACAACCCGGCUUUUGACAGACAUUGAGCAUCAACAGGAGGGAACGUCUUGUCUGAAGGGCAUAGAGAACUGUGAUAUACGAGAUUACAAUAGUGAUUCUGGGAUUCCGAAUGAUUAUGUUUUACAGUGAACGAUACAGUCUAUCAAUAUACACGGUACUUGUACAUGCAAAAUGGAUUCCUGAAAUUAUAAAUCUGUAGUAUACAUGUACGUAUCAUACCAGUUGUGUGUGUGGAGUGUGUUUUGCAGGUGCUUGUAAAUUUAGAGAAAUAGAGGGGAUGAAAGAUAAUUUUUAUUACAUGUUUUAGAUACAUUAAUUGUUCAUUUAAUAUGAAAAAUAAAAAAAAUAUGAUAUUCCAACAA